AUGUCUGGAUAUGGUUUUUCAGAGACUGAUUGCAAAAUAAUUCUGAAACAAAUAGAAAGGAGAGCUAAAUUUAGGCAGGAAUUUCUGAAACUAAAAAGUGAUCCUUGUAAACACUCUCAAGAGGCUGGUUAUGUUUUUGAUCCGGCCAUCCAAAGGUUUUUGUCAAUGAAGAGCUGUCAAGUGGAAUAUUUCAAACCGUGUUUUAGAACAGCGAGGUUUGCUAUUUUAACGAUCAUAGUACCUAUGUGCACAUUAGGUGUCUUGAUAUGGAAUGAUCGUACUGAGCGCGAACAGAAGAUCCGAAGAGGAGAGCUUCGUUAUAAAGACAGGCUCUUCAAGUUGGCUUAG